GGCAGUUCUAGGAAGGGCCUCCCCCCACCCCCCGACGGAACAGGGUGCCCCUGUGCAGAGCCUUCUGCCUCGGGACCCCCUAGGGUCAGGAGGGCGGGCGAUCACAGUGGUGAAUACCUGGCCUUGCAUCUGACCGGGGCUGUGAGUGGGCCGGACCCUACUUCAUAGAUAAGGCACGCGAGGCCCGGAGGAGCAAACGGCUCCCUGGGGUGCAGAGCCAGGGACAGGCAGAGAGGCUGCCAGAGGCAUUUCCUUUGAGUUUGGUGAGGGGCGGCGAGGUGGGGGGUUCCUCUCAGACCUGGCCUUUCCUGACGAUGUCCGCUUCUCCAAGGGCCUGAGGACAGGGAGUCCUCGAGCGAGGAUGGCCAGGCCUCUGGAGCAGGCGGUGGCUGCCAUCGUGUGCACCUUCCAGGAGUAUGCGGGCCGCUGUGGGGACAAGCACAAGCUCUGCCAGGCGGAGCUCAAGGAGCUGCUGCAGAAGGAGCUGCCCACCUGGACGCCGAUGGAGUUUCGGGAGGGUGACUACAACAAGUUCUUGAGUGUCCUGGACAGCGACAAGGACGGCGAGGUGGACUUCGUGGAGUACGCGCGCGCGCUCGCCUGCCUCUGCACCUACUGCCACGGCUACUUCAAGGACUGUCGCCCCGAGCCUCCCUGCUCUCAGUAGCCUCUGCUCCAGCGGGCAGCGGUCUGCUCAGGACGCCCCCUGCCCCCGCCCCAGGCGGUCCUGGGCGCACGGCCACUCCCACGACCCUCCCUGCUCAGCUGGACUCUCCCAGGCUUGCCCUUGAAGAUUUAUCCGUGUUGCCUGUGAGGAGGGGGCACGUGCAGGGACCUGGCCCAGGGAUGCCAGCUCGUGACGUGCAGAGCGGCCCCUCGCCGCCUCCCUGCUGUGGCCUGUGAUGGCUGAGGCAGGGGUCUGCUUCCGGGCAGCUCAGACCCAGCAGAGCGUGUGCACGAGCGGGCGAGGCCACGGUGGGACCGGCCCUAAUAAAGAACAGGUGUCAC